ACCACUUUUACUUGCUUUCUACAGGACUGGUAUCAUCAAUCAAAGCUUGUAAGUACCUUUGCAUUUCUUUUUCAAAGCGAUUUGUGAGGAGAACUGCACAGUUAUGAAUGUAUUAGAUCACUCAUCAACAGGCAACAAAGAAGGAUCUGUUUAUCAUCAACGUGGUGUGAUUGCAGUUUUAGUGUUUUCAUCAGAUGCUACAUUAAAUCUGCUUGUUUCUUUGUUUCAGAACCAUGAACCGUACAAACCCAAUGAAUGCAGGUGAGGUGCUCCAGAAAGGAGACUUCCUGAUGUCUCCAAAUGGGCAGUGGAAGGCUACUUUGCAGGUAAGUAAAUCAGGACUUUGCAGUUUUCUAUUUUGGUGAUGGAAAUGAAAAUUUUACUGACUGCUGGUUGUCUCUAAUCUUGUGUGCAGGCCGAUGGUAACUUGUUGAUAUACAACAUGUCCACUUCAUGGAGAACAGAGAUUGCUCCAUCAGAUGGCUCCCAUUUGAAGGUGGAGCCUAAUGGUGACGUGGUCAUUUACAACAACAAUGAAGCCAAGUGGAGAACAAACACAGGUACUCCAAGUGCUGAUGUCAAAUGCACUUUCAAGUUGACCGAUGAAGGCAAGCUGGUGGUGAGCCACGCCAGUGCUGUAAAAUGGAGCAAACCUAAGUAGGGAGGCAAAAAAGAUCAAAUGAGUCAAGGAGCCUCUUGAAAUUGAGUGCAAAGAAAUUCUUCACUGAAUUUCUGCAUGAAUUUCAUUUCACCCUCCUGAAAUGUAUUCUGCUAUGUAAUAAAAGCAGAUCUUACCAGA